AUGCGCGGUGCCCUUUGUGUCGGGCGGGCGGGCGGCGCGGGUCAGGCCGGGCCGGGCCGUGCGAGCGCCGCCGCCGCCGCCGCCGGGGCGGGGAGGGGGCACGCCGGCUCCGCCAUGGUGAAGAAGCGGAAAGGCCGUGUCCUUAUCGACUCCGACACCGAGGACAGCGGCAGCGAGGAGAACCUGGACCAGGAGCUCCUGUCAUUGGCCAAACGGAAACGCAGUGACUCUGAAGAAAAGGAACCACCUGUGAGCAAGCCUACAGCAUCCUCGGACUCUGAGACAUCAGACAGUGAUGAUGAGUGGACUGUCGGAGGUUCUAAAAACAAAAAAAAGGGAAAAGCGGGUAAGGCAGAGAAGAAAGGAGCCAUGAAGAGACAGAUGAACAAAGCUGCCUCUUCCGGCAGCUCGGAUAAAGACAGCUCGGCUGAGAGCUCGGCACCUGAAGAGGGAGAAGUCUCUGACUCAGAAAGCAACAGCUCCUCAUCUAGCUCAGAUUCAGAUUCUUCAUCUGAAGAUGAGGAAUUCCAUGAUGGCUAUGGAGAAGACCUGAUGGGAGAUGAAGAAGACCGAGCUCGACUGGAACAAAUGACGGAAAAGGAGAGAGAGCAGGAACUGUUUAACCGGAUAGAGAAGAGAGAAGUGCUAAAGAGAAGAUUUGAAAUCAAGAAAAAACUAAAAACAGCAAAAAAGAAAGAAAAGAAAGAGAAAAAGAAAAAGCAAGAGGAAGAGCAGGAGAAGAAAAAACUCACGCAGAUCCAGGAAUCCCAGGUCAUGUCACAUAACAAAGAGCGGAGAUCAAAGCGGGAUGAAAAGCUAGACAAGAAAUCUCAGGCAAUGGAGGAGCUAAAAGCAGAACGAGAGAAAAGGAAGAACAGAACAGCUGAAUUGCUUGCAAAAAAACAGCCAUUAAAAACUAGUGAAGUAUACUCUGAUGAUGAAGAGGAGGAGGAGGAUGAUAAGUCUAGUGAGAAAAGCGAUCGCUCCUCCAGAUCGUCAUCCUCUGAUGAAGAGGAAGAGAAAGAAGAAAUCCCUCCCAAGUCGCAGCCGGUGUCCCUGCCUGAAGAGCUGAACCGAGUGCGGUUGUCGCGGCACAAGCUGGAGCGCUGGUGUCACAUGCCCUUCUUUGCCAAGACCGUCACCGGCUGCUUCGUCCGCAUUGGCAUCGGCAAUCACAACAGCAAACCUGUUUAUCGGGUUGCUGAAAUAACAGGGGUGGUAGAGACUGCAAAGGUUUACCAGCUUGGUGGCACACGGACAAACAAAGGCCUACAGUUGCGGCAUGGCAAUGAUUCACGUGUGUUUCGCUUGGAGUUUGUCUCAAAUCAGGAAUUUACUGAAAGUGAAUUUAUGAAGUGGAAGGAAGCAAUGUUCUCUGCUGGGAUGCAGCUACCCACACUUGAUGAGAUAAACAAGAAGGAAGUGUCCAUCAAAGAAGCCCUCAACUACAAGUUUAAUGAUCAGGACAUUGAAGAGAUUGUGAAGGAGAAGGAAAGGUUCAGAAAAGCACCUCCAAAUUAUGCCAUGAAGAAAACUCAGCUAUUAAAGGAGAAGGCUAUGGCUGAGGAUUUGGGGGACCAAGAUAAGGCCAAGCAGAUUCAAGAUCAGCUUAAUGAACUUGAAGAGAGAGCAGAGGCCCUGGAUCGUCAGCGAACAAAAAAUAUUUCUGCAAUCAGUUACAUCAACCAGAGAAACAGAGAGUGGAAUAUCGUUGAGUCUGAGAAGGCUCUUGUGGCUGAAAGUCACAGCAUGAAGAACCAACAAAUGGACCCCUUUACUAGGCGGCAGUGCAAGCCCACAAUAGUGUCUAAUUCCAGAGAUCCUGCUGUCCAAGCUGCCAUCCUUGCCCAGCUAAAUGCAAAAUAUGGAUCUGGUGUGUUACCAGAUGCUCCAAAGGACAUAAAUAAGGGUCAAGGAAAAGAUAAAGAUGUGAACUCUAAAUCAGCUAGUGACCUCUCAGAAGAUCUUUUCAAAGUGCAUGACUUUGAUGUAAAGAUUGAUCUUCAGGUUCCCAGUUCAGAAUCUAAGGCACUGGCCAUCACCUCCAAGGCUCCUCCAGCAAAAGAUGGUGCCCCUCGGCGAUCAUUGAACUUGGAGGACUACAAAAAGAGACGGGGGCUUAUUUGAGCAUGCCCACUCUGCUGCUUCUGAUCCUGCAUGCUCCAUGAUGAUGUCCUACUUUUUCUUCCUCCCUUUUCAGUUCUCCCUUCUGGGUUGGAGCAGCAAUGGAGCUGGGAAGAGACUCUUUAAAACUGCCAGUCAUCUGUAACAUAAACCAUUCAACUAUUUACUGUAUAGACCUCCCUUCUUGCCCUUUCCUCUGCUCCCCUCACAAAUGUGGAUCUGUGCUAUUUGGGGUUUUCCCAUUUCUUUUAGUUUGAGUUUUGUUUUUAUUUUGUUGAUGCAGCUCGUUGGUCCACUCUGUGUUCAGUAUUAGCCUGAGGUCUGGAUUUCCAUAGGAAUCUCUUGGCAGUCGCAGAAUCAGCACUUGGUGAUCUCCCCUUACAUACCACCACAGGCACAGUGAAUAAACAUUGGCGCAAGACCUUUGUGGCUGGAAGGUCAUCUGCACUUUCUCCCUCUUCUUCCUCCUUCAUCCUAGCUUUGGAGAAGGGAAUCUUCAAAAACUGGCCUAGGUUCAAAGUGUAAAUUUUUUUGGGAGGGUUGUGUGACUUUUUUUCAGGUGUUUUUUAUCAUUUUUAAGCUGCAGUACUAUUUGUAUCCGUCUGUCACAGUUCUUUACGGCUGUUUGAAUUUCUACCAGCUGUAUUUGAGCAUCUGAAAUUGCAAGAAAGAAACUCAUUAAAUGUGAUUCUUCUUACUAAAACGGCUUGGCUGAUA